GCUCUUACCUUCGCUGCCAGAUCUCACCUGUCAGGUUGAAACUCCGGGAACGAUACAGAGCCAUGGAGUCUCCGGUGAAGGAUUCCCCCGUCAGACCGGGGUUUCACAGAUUGGAGGUCCAAAAAACAACGUGGGACAUCCCGGAGAGAUACACGACGCUGCGGUCGAUCGGCUCCGGAGCUUACGGGACAGUUUGCUCCGCCAUUGACCAGAAGACCAAGGACAAGGUGGCCAUCAAGAAGCUGUAUCGGCCUUUCCAGUCCCUCAUCCAUGCCAAACGGGCCUACAGGGAGCUCCGGCUGCUCCGCCACAUACAGCAUGAAAACGUGAUCUGCCUCCUCGACGUCUUCACACCUGACUCCACACUGGAGAAAUUCCAAACCUUUUAUAUGGUGAUGCCAUUUGUGGCCCAGGAUCUUGGUCACAUUAUGAAGAGGAAGCGCUUAACUGAUCGCAUCAUCACAUACCUUUUCUACCAGCUUUUAAGAGGACUCCAGUAUAUUCAUUCUGCAGGGAUCAUUCAUCGGGAUCUGAAGCCCGGUAACCUUGCUGUGAAUGAAAACUGUGAAUUAAAGAUCCUGGAUUUUGGUUUGGCAAGACAGACAGAGAGUGAAAUGACUGGUUAUGUUGUGACCCGCUGGUACAGAGCACCAGAGGUCAUAUUCAACUGGAUGCACUACAGUCAGACAGUGGAUGUCUGGUCAGCCGCCUGUAUCCUGGCAGAGAUGAUUACUGGCAAGGUGCUUUUCCCAGGACAUGACAGUAUUGAUCAGCUGAAAAAGAUCCUCCACCUGACAGGAACACCAGACUCGUCCCUGGUUCAGAAGAUGCAGAGCAAAGAUGCGCAGUCAUAUGUGCAAGGUCUCCCUCUGCAAAAAAAGAAAAACUUCAAGGAAGUGUUUCCAUCCAUGGAUGAAAAUGCUGUAGAUCUAAUGGAGGGGAUGCUGCUGCUGGAUCCAGAGACCAGGCUGACAGCUAAGCAGGGAUUGUCCCAUCCCUUCCUGGCUGAAUAUCAUGACCCAGAGUGUGAGCCGGACUCCGAGACGUACGACGACUCCUUCGAGAGCCUGGAGCUCGCUGUUGGCGAGUGGAAGAGUCUUAUCCACAUGGAGAUCAUGACCUUCGACCCCGACAACCCCAGUAAGACAGCCAUGUAGGACGCUGUGAUGUGCUGGCGCCUCCAAGUGUUUGGUUUUCAUACCCACAUGUUACAAAAGGUAAACACCACUGUCAAACUCAGAGAAACAAAUAAUAAUAAAAAAAGUUCAAAUGCAUUUUACGUAAGGGAAGCUUUACUUGUUACAGUGGCCUGUCGUGGACAGAGAGAGAACAGAGAGUGUGAGAGUUGAAGUUUAAGUUGAAGUCAAUGUGGAGGGGCAGUUGGAUUGUAUCUCAGACUUCAGCAAAAACACUGAACCACUUCAUUAUAAAAUGUUGUCUUGUCAUUUCAAUAAGGAAAAUUACAGUGGCAAAAUAAUCUUAACUUAACAUCCACUUUCUACCACUGAGACUUUUGACUACAUCUCAUGGUUUUCAUCAGCAGAACACUUCACCGCUCUGUGAAAUGUCACAUGUUCGUGAUAGACUUUAAGUUAAGGUUGAAGGCUAUUAAAAAAAUGUAUGUGUAUGUAUGUGUAUGUGUGUACUUGUAUAUACAAGUAUAUAGUAAAAAGAUAACCUUGGUUUAUGAUAAUAAAUACUUUUUUACGUUUUACCUUUCAUCUCACAUGGACAGUUGUGUUCGUUUCAUAAUAUGUAAAUGACAUUUAGUGCAAUGGCACUUUAGGACUCAUUUGUAAAGAUAUGGGCAUUUAUUGUUGAUCAUCAUUGCUUUUACUCAAGUGUUUUCAAAUAAAAAAAAACGUAAAAAAAUGGCAUGCUGUUAAUUUAAUGACAUUAGAAUCAUCAUACUGGAGUUGCAACACUGAUUAAUACUGAAACAUCUACACCUGUCUAAAACAGGGGCCCACUGGUGGGCGGUGGAGGUAGUGCAAGUGGGCCGACAAAUCAUUUGCAAACCUGUACAAUUUUGGUGAAAAAAAUUUAAUAUAUAUAUAUAUAUAUUAUAUAUGUAUGAAUGAAUAAUGAUAAUAAUAUAUAAUGUUUUUAAAUGUUUUAAAACAACCUGAUCUUUAGUAUUGAAAUUUUUUUUUUUUUUUUUAAACCAAACGUAUUUGUUUUGGGAUUUUUUUCUCAUACUAAUUUAAGGCCUAUCAUGGACAUAAGCCAUGAUAGGACCUUCUAUGUACAUUACAUCUAUGGCAAAAAAAGGAGUAUCAAAAUGGAUAGCUGGUUAGCAACAGGAAGAAUUAAAAAGCGUUCAGUCCUGAAUAUUCAAUCAUAAUCAUUAAAAUAAAAAGUGCUCUGAAAGGGCAAUAUUAGUUAGAGCUGAGUUAUUGAACAGGAAGGAAUCAACUGAGGAGGGCAGGCAAACAAAAAUCCAAACUAGUGAAAUGAUGAGACUGGGCUAAACGUGGCAGGUGACAAGGAUUUGGACCUGAAGCACGGGAAAACAGGGUUGAAUAAUGGCCAGAGGUGUUUUUGAAAAACAUUAUGAUGUCACUGUGAAGUUACCUUUAACCAUUUGGAUAUAAAAUGUCAUCACUUCAUUUUAUCUUUAUACACAUUUGGGUUAAAUUGUGUCAAAUUUGUGAGUUAUGGCCAAAAACGUGUUUUGUGAAAUCUCACUGUCUUUGAACUUUGACCACCAAAAUCUAAUCAGUUCAACCUUGAGUCCAAGGGAACGAUUUUG